AUGACGGUGGUGGUAGUGACAGUGGUGGUGGUAGUGGCUAUGAUUGUUGUUUAUUAUAGAGAAUAUAUUAUUCUAUCAUGUGGCGGUGGCGGUGGAGGAGGCAGAAGAGUCGGUGGCGGCGGCGGCAUGGGCAGCAAAAGAGUCAGCGGCGGUAAUGGUGGUGGUAGUAGCAGCGGUAGCGAUUGCAGUGGCAGUGAAAGAGUCGGUGGCGGCAACGGUAGUGGCAGCGGUAGCAGUUGUGGCGAUUGCGGUGGUGGUGGAAGAGUUGGUGGCGGCAGUGGUGGCGGCGGCGGUAGCGGUAGCGGUGGCGGCAGCGAUGGCAGCGGCGGUAGCGGUAGCGGUGGCGGUUGCGGAUGGUUGUAA